GUCUUAUAUAAGAACCGAUAACAUUGCUUCGGUAAUCCACAAACCAUCAACCAAUCACCAUUUCACAAAACCUGAGGCUUCACAAAUCACAAACCCAAUUUCAAUUUUAAGAAAUGGCAGCAGUUGAAACUAAUGCUACUAUCCAAGAAAAGACCACCGCAGAGCCAGUGCGUCCUUUAGCACACUUCCCUCCUUCUGUAUGGGGUGAUCGCUUCCUAUCAUUCACUCUUGACAAUUCGGAACUCGAAGGAUAUGCAAAAGCCAUGGAAGCCCCAAAAGAAGAAUUGAGAAGAUUGAUUGUAGAUCAAACAAUGGAUUCAAAUAAGAAACUAAGUUUGAUUUAUUCCGUGCACCGUCUUGGUUUGACAUAUCUGUUCUUGCAAGAAAUUGAAGCCCAGCUAGACAAAAUUUUCAAAGAGUUCAACUUGCAAGAUUAUGAUGAAGUUGAACUGUACACAACUUCUAUCAACUUUCAAGUUUUCCGACACCUUGGUUAUAAACUGCCUUGUGAUGUGUUUAACAAAUUCAAAGACAGUACCUCGGGCGCUUUCAAGGAAGACAUUUCUACGGAUGUGAAGGGCAUGCUAGGUUUAUAUGAAUCUGCACAACUGAGAACAAGAGGAGAAUCGAUACUAGAUGAGGCUUCAGUGUUCACUGAAACUCAACUCAAGAGUGUAGUAAACAAUCUUGAAGGAAAGCUUGCACAACAGGUGUUACAAUCAUUGAGGAGACCAUUUCAUCAAGGGAUGCCAAUGGUGGAGGCAAGGCUAUAUUUCUCUAACUAUAGUGAAGAGUGUGCCACACAUGAGUCUUUAUUAAAGCUUGCAAAGCUGCAUUUCAGCUAUUUGGAGCUACAGCAAAAGGAAGAACUUCGCAUUGUCUCAAAGUGGUGGAAGGAUAUGAGGUUCCAGGAAACUACUCCUUAUAUAAGGGAUAGAGUACCAGAGAUUUACUUAUGGAUAUUGGGAUUGUACUUUGAGCCUCGUUACUCCUUGGCACGAAUCAUCGCCACAAAAAUUACAUUGUUUCUUGUGGUGCUAGAUGAUACAUAUGACGCUUACGCUACCAUUGAAGAAAUUCGCCUUUUAACCGAUGCCAUAAAUAGGUGGGACAUGAGUGCUAUGGAGCAAAUUCCGGAAUACAUUAGACCAUUCUACAAAAUUCUCCUAGAUGAGUAUGCUGAGCUUGAGAAACAACUAGCUAAAGAAGGAAGAGCAAAUAGUGUUAUUGCUUCAAAAGAAGCGUUCCAAGACAUUGCUAGAGGCUACCUUGAAGAAGCCGAGUGGACAAACAGUGGAUAUGUGGCAUCAUUUCCUGAGUACAUGAAGAAUGGGUUAAUCACUUCAGCCUACAAUGUUAUUUCGAAAUCUGCUUUAGUGGGUAUGGGCGAGAUAGUUAGUGAAAAUGCAUUGGCUUGGUACGAAAGUCAUCCAAAGACUCUACAAGCUUCCGAGUUAAUCUCAAGACUCCAAGAUGAUGUCAUGACUUACCAGUUUGAGCGUGAAAGAGGACAAUCAGCUACUGGAGUUGAUGCAUAUAUCAAGACAUACGGCGUGUCAGAGAAGGAAGCUAUUGAUGAGCUCAAGAUAAUGAUUGAAAACGCAUGGAAAGAUAUAAACGAGGGAUGUCUCAAGCCAAGAGAAGUCUCGAUGGAUUUGCUCGCGCCAAUUCUGAACCUUGCAAGAAUGAUAGAUGUUGUGUAUAGAUAUGAUGAUGGGUUCACCUUUCCUGGAAAAACCAUGAAAGAAUAUAUUACUCUUUUAUUUGUUGGUUCUGUAUCCAUGUAA